AUGUUCCUCCAAGUUGGCAGUAACCCUCUGGGAGGUAGGAGAAGACAAGACUUCAGUUCAAGGACAGUGGCUGGCUUUGGAGCCAGUGGAAUUAACAAUGAAAGAAGAAUCAGUUCCAUGUUAAGCUGCAGUGAAGGCAGACUAAGUUUUGGGAGUAGGAGUCUUUGCCAUCUGUAUGAAGGUUGUGGAGGCAGCCAGCAGAGAAGUGGCUUUGGAGGAGGACCUUAUAGCUUUGGUGGAGAAUUUGGUGGCUCUUUUGGUGGAGGAUAUGGAGACAGAUUUGGCAGAUCUUUUAGCAGCCUUGGAAUCCAGCCCAUCCAAAUAUAUGCAACCUGCCUCCAGCCGGUCCAUGUUGAUCUAGAUCCACAUUUGAAACAAGUGAAACAUGAAGAAAAGGAACAGAUCAAGCAUCUCAACAACCAAUUUGUAUCCUUCAUAUGCAAGGUUGAGUGUUUGGAGAGAAAAAAUACUGCUCUAUCCACCUACUUGCAAUAUUUACAAGAUACUGGAAACAUAAUUCAAAAGACAUCCCUGGAACCUGUUUUUGAGAAUUACAUCCAGAAUAUGCAAAUGCAAAUUGAGCAUAUGAAAUGCCAGAAAGGACAGCUGAAGUCUGAGCUUCAGUGCUUGGAGUUUGAUGUUGAAGAUUACAGAGAAAAGUAUGAAGAUGAAAUCAACAACCGCAUAUAUGCUGAGAACCAGUUUAUAGUGCUCAAGAAGGAUGUGGACAUUGCAUAUCUAAGUAAAAUACAGUUGGAAGCUAAUGUGGAAGCCCUGCAGAGCCAAAUUGCCUUCUUCAAGGAAGUACUUGAACAGGAGCUAUACCAGAUGCAGUCAAUUGCACAGCAUGCUUCUGUCAUUGUCUCGAUGGAGAACAACAGAGAACUGAAUGCCGACCACAUUAUAGCAGAAUAUGAACGCCAAUAUCACCAACUCGUCCAGGAAGCCAAAGCUAAGGCAAAGGCUGAGCUUCAGCAAAAGGAGAAAGGUGGGCAUGCAAAUGUUUUCAAUCAAUCAAUCAAUCAGAAUGAAGACCUGAAAGAUAAUGUGGGAUGUCAGGGAGAUGCUCUGCAUGAUGCCAAGCAAGAAAGCAAUCAGCUGCUCCAUCAGAUCCAGAGAGUUCGGCCUGAGAUCUAUUAUUUGAAGAAGCAGGUUGAAAAGCUACAAGUGGCCAUUUGCAAAGCUGAGCAGAGAGGUGAACUUGCCCUUGAAGAUGCUCAGAAAAAACUGGACAUUCUUACGGUGGUUCUGCAAACAGAGAAGGAAGAGCUGGCUCGAAUAUUGAAAGAGUUUCAGGGGUUGAUGGAUAUUAAACUGGCCAUGGAUAUGGAAAUUAGAGUGUACCAGAAACUUCUGGAAGGAGAGGAAAGCAGGUGCUUAAAUGAUUUUUAA